GGGGGCCGGCGGCGGCGGCGGCGGAGGGGAGGCCGCGGAGGAGUGGCCGCCGCCAUAUUGAGGGAGCGCUGAGGCCGGGAGCCUGACAGCGGCCGGGGCCUGGCUGUGCGGUGCGGCCGGCGGCACUGCUGCCGUGCCCUGCCCUCCUCCGUGAGGCCCGACAGACUAACGAGACCCAGCGGUCGAGGGAGCGGCCGGCUGGCCGGGCGCAGGCGGAGCCAGACUAACUUUAACAAUUGGACCUCAUGAAUCAAAGGCCCUGAGUCUGCAGGCUGCCACAGCUCCCACCUUUUCACCAUGGACCAAGAUUAUGAAAGGCGUCUUCUUCGACAGAUCAACAUCCAGAAUGAAAACACAAUGCCUUGUGUUGCUGAGAUGAGGCGAACUUUGACACCUUCCAAUUCGCCCAUGUCUUCUCCCAGCAAACAUGGAGACCGUUUUAUACCUUCUAGAGCUGGAGCCAACUGGAGCAUUAAUUUCCAUAGAAUAAAUGAAAAUGAGAAAUCACCCAGUCAGAAUCGGAAAGCAAAAGAUGCCACUUCAGAUAACGGCAAAGAUGGCCUAGCCUACUCGGCCUUGUUAAAGAAUGAGCUACUAGGAGCUGGGAUUGAGAAAGUCCAGGAUCCUCAGACAGAGGAUAGAAGGCUACAGCCCUCCACGCCAGAGAAAAAGAGCCUAUUCACAUACUCCCUCAGCACCAAGCGCUCAAGUCCUGAUGAUGGCAAUGAAGUUUCUCCAUAUUCUUUAUCCCCAGUCAGCAACAAAAGCCAGAAGUUAUUAAGAUCUCCACGGAAACCUACCAGAAAAAUUUCCAAAAUCCCUUUCAAAGUCCUUGAUGCCCCUGAGCUCCAAGAUGACUUCUACCUGAACCUGGUAGACUGGUCUUCCCUCAACGUCCUAAGUGUUGGCCUGGGCACUUGUGUUUACCUCUGGAGUGCGUGUACUAGCCAGGUAACCAGGCUGUGUGACCUGUCUGUGGAAGGAGAUUCUGUGACUUCUGUGGGCUGGUCUGAACGGGGGAACUUGGUAGCAGUUGGCACACACAAAGGUUUUGUACAGAUCUGGGAUGCAGCAGCAGGGAAGAAACUGUCUAUGCUGGAAGGUCACACAGCCAGAGUUGGUGCAUUGGCCUGGAAUGCAGACCAGCUCUCUUCAGGGAGCAGAGAUAGAAUGAUUCUCCAGAGAGAUAUCCGAACACCCCCAGUGCAGACUGAACGGCGGCUGCAAGGUCACCGGCAGGAGGUGUGUGGACUCAAGUGGUCCACUGAUCACCAGCUUCUUGCAUCAGGUGGAAAUGAUAAUAAGCUUCUGGUCUGGAACCACUCCAGUUUAAGUCCUGUCCAACAGUACACCGAACAUCUGGCAGCUGUGAAAGCAAUCGCCUGGUCUCCCCACCAGCAUGGCUUAUUGGCAUCAGGUGGCGGAACAGCUGACCGCUGCAUCCGCUUCUGGAACACACUUACAGGACAGCCCCUGCAGUGUAUUGAUACUGGUUCUCAAGUGUGCAACCUGGCCUGGUCCAAACACGCCAAUGAACUAGUGAGCACACACGGAUACUCACAAAACCAGAUCCUCGUCUGGAAAUACCCUUCCUUGACACAAGUAGCCAAACUGACAGGACAUUCGUACCGAGUUUUAUAUCUGGCAAUGUCUCCCGAUGGAGAGGCCAUAGUUACAGGUGCUGGAGAUGAGACUCUGAGAUUUUGGAAUGUUUUUAGCAAAACCCGUUCAACAAAGGAAUCUGUAUCUGUCCUAAAUCUCUUCACUAGAAUCCGGUAACUCCCCAAGCCCGCACACCAGGACCACACUACGUUGUACAGGGAAAAACCACUAAUCAACGUGCAUGGAACCCCAGUUAUCAGCUAGAAGAUAAAAGGGGUAGGGCGGGUAGGUGGACCUGGAGAAACCUUCAAGAUUCUUAUUAAAUACCUGAUUGUGAACUCUGUUGAACAGUAUUUGGGAAGGGGACAAGGAUGGGGGAAACCACUCAGAUUUUAGAAGGAGCCCAUUCUUCACAAAUGGGCAAACAGAAGAGAACCAAAAUGGGCAGCAUCUCCAUUUCACACCAGACAGGAUUGGUGUGGCCAGGAUCAGCUCAGCUUGAGAACAAGGUUACCUCUUCGGCUCCAUCAUCUCUGGGAAGAGACGAACAAACUUCCUUUUUUUGUCGUCGUAGUCUGGGGGAAAUGGGGACUGGGGGUCAGGGGAAAAGUCAGACUGUAUGUGACCUUAAAGUCAUGGCAGCCCCACACCCUCUGUUUAAAUGGGCUGCUCUAGCAGCCAAGGCCCUUUGGGGCCAAACUUUCUCAUGUAAAAUGGGACGGGAAUUAGGAACAGUAACCUUUCAAGGGAUUCACAGCUGGGAUUUGGGAUUUCCAGCCCCCAGAAGGUGCCAAAGCUGGGAGUGACCAUCCAGAAAGAAAGUGAAAUGCCGUACUCUGUGUUCUCCAGUGCAUGCCACACACUCUUAAACUAUAAUUCCAAAAGGCCAAACAGCUCUACUGUACUUGAGUGUGGUGAUUUGUGUAGGUGGGACAGCUUAUACUGGCAGAUUUAACCACCCAGUUUAAAACAAAAUGGUGACAUCCAGCACUUAAAUUGUUUGUAGUUUAACAGCCACGAAGGCCUCCAUGGAUACAGCAGAAGAAAGGAUUUCAUUGCAGCUCAAUUAAAAUGACUUUUUAAGGGAACAGUAUCAUUGAGAAUGUGACCCAUUCAAAACUCAUCUCUCUAUGUCUUAGCCUUAUGUGGAGAAAUGACCAGUGUGUGAAAGUUCUAGCAGAACCAAGGAAUGUUUGAUCUAACCAUAUCUACUGCCAUGUAGGUCAUAGCACCACGUGGGUCAUAAAAAAGGGUGGGGGGUUGGUUGGUUUUGUUUUUUGGUUUUUUUUUUUUAAGGAUGAGGUAAUACUGGGUUGGAUUUGCUAUCAAAGAAAACAAGUUAUUUCAAAUUGUCAUUCUUUUGAAUGGAAAAAGAGGGCAUCAUGUGUUUAUGAAUCUGGACACCAGCUUUUUUUUUAUCUUUAUUAGAUCAAAGCUUUUCAGAAAAGCAUUUUUACUUUUCAGAGUGAAAUCUUAAUUCUUUUGUUUCCUACUGGACAAGUGGGGUUCUUGGUGCUUUGAGUGGUACAGUGUAGGGAACCUUGGGAAGGGCAGUUGUGGCUUCCACUCCCUGCAGUCCUUUACUCCUAUCUAUGUGCUAAUCCUCCAUCCUGCUGUACAUUUUGCCUUCAUCCCUGUUCCCUUUCCCCACUGUAACUGGACGUCAGUCUGUUCUGUCUCUUGUUUUCCUUGUUUCGGUUAUUCUUUCAGUAGACUCUGCCCUACCGUGUGGAACAUGUGGGUUCUGAGUAAAGAGGUCAGUCAGGACAGUCUGGGAUUAACAACAACGGCACAGUGACCCCGGUGAAGAGCAGUCUCCUGAAGAAAGAAUUGGACAAUUUGGACCUGACAAAUUGUAGUUAAUGUGCGUUCCUUAGAGCUUUAGGCAAGAAGAUCUUUAAACCCAGUGCCUGGCUCUUCUUCCCCCCUUAACCCUUUUGACAGUUCUUUGGCCAACCUAGGUGUGCCUGUUGUAGCCUGUAAGAGCUGUUGAAGCCAAACUACCAUUUGAGCCUUUCAGUCUUUUGCCUUCCACUUCCAUGCCCUCUCAUAUCUACCUUUUAAGCUGGAAUGACAUGGCCUAGACUUCUGUGACUCAUGUAGAAAUUAGCAGCCUGUCACAGCAGUCCCUACCUCAGAGGUUUAAGCCAGUGAGGCCUGUUCUUUGGAGUAGGAAAGAGCCCUGAGCCUGGGUGGGAAGAGUUUGGGGAAAGGCAGCUGAUGAAUAUCCAGGAGAGACUUGAUGCCUUUCAUGCUGGUCACGUGUGAGGACCAUCCCUACCCCUGCCCUGAAUUGCAUGGUACUCUGAAAACCCCAGGUUGAAAAAGAUGGGAGAAACCAGAAAGCCACCCAUUCCCUCAGGGGUUCAGAUGCUCCACUACCCAGUUGUGCCAUUGGAAAGAUUGUGACAGGGCAACUGUAAACAUUCUUUAUUGAGUAGAGCAGUGAGCUGGUAGGAAACAACACUGAGGGAGAGAAAAAGAUGAGUCUUGCCAACAUGCCAAGGUUUUCUUGGCUUCCUAACCGAAAAACCAAUCCUCAAUGCCUUAGCUUACAGUUGAAAUGCCCAACCAGGCCUCACCUUUCUCUUAGGUCUACACUGUGUAGCUUCUUCUAAGCUAAAAAAAGACUAUUCAAAGCACAGGUGAGAAUUUUAUUUGGAUUUAUUGGAAAACUCUGCUUUUUGAAAUAAUGUUUCCUUUGCCCUGUGACUUUCCUUGAGUCCUCCCGUAUGUAUGUCUAUGUGUGUAUAUAUGUAUUUGUUUGUGGUGGGGUUUUUUUUGUUUCAUGUGCUGAAAAUCAACUCAUGAUUUUCAUAAAACUCAGCCUCAGAAAAGCUUGAGAGGAGGAUAGUAAAGGGGAAUAACCAGCCAAGUCUCCAGAGUUUUCCAGGUUGUUACUUUUUUUAAUGGCCGAUGAAUGUGUACAUUAUUUUCAUGCCUCUUAAAAUUUUUAUUUUUAAAAUCAAACGUGAUUAAACUGGACAGCUGAGUAGCUGAAUUUCAUCCCACACCUAACUAGAGGCAGAAAGAGCAUCUUUCCAGUGGAAUUAAUCCCUCACCCAAGCCUCACUGCCUUGGGAAGAAAGGCCAUUGAAGCCCGUGAGUUCUAUUCUAGGCACAGUUGUCAUUCAUAGUCAAGAAUCCUUAGGGAAGUUUAUCGGACUGCCCAGGGGCACCAAAGAGACUUUGCUGGGAGAAGAACUAUGUGUGUAUAUAUGUGUGUGUGAGUGUAUGUGUGUGUGUAUACAUAUAUAUAUAUAUUUUAGUUUUUGUUUUGUUUUUUUCGAUGAUAAAACCAACUCCCGCCUUGUCCCAGUCCCCUGCCCUGUGCAGUUGCCAAAGGAAUUCAACAAGUUCAGGGAACUGCCCUCAGAAAAGGUAUCUCAUUGGUUACAUGUGCGUGUUUGGGGGCGGGAGGGGGAGCUGUAUGCAUGCCUAGAUCUGUGCAUAGAAUCUUGUGUCAUUGAUCGUGCGAAACAAUUGGCUGUCCGGUGUCUGCCGAAUUCACCUUGUAAAUGAGACAACAAAAAAGUGAAAUAUUGUAUUUUCCAUGUAUGAUCUGUGAUAUUACUAAGUUGUACAGUUUUGAGGUGGUUUGGGGAAGAAUACAGGCCAGUCCACAGAGCCGGAGGCUUAUCCCACAUAUUGCAUCAAAAGGUGGAGAGUAUAUAUUGAGAGAACAGUGUAAGUUUUUCAUGUAAAGCAAUGUAACUGGCAUUAAACAAGUUGUAACUUUAA